UCUUGUUUCAAUUCGCAUGUGUGGUUUGAACGUGUGAAAGAAUUUGUGUGGUGUGUACUGGAGUUUGGGAAUGUGUUUUGUGUUAUUUUUGUUUGAGCAGGUAUUUGUGAUGAUAGAUCUUGAGAAGAUCUUUCCGACGCAACAAGAAUCGCUUCAAUCGGAGCAAGAACGCGAAAGCUAUGAAGAUUCAAAGUUCAUGAGCUUGCGUUACAAUUGCGACGGUUACAAAGUGAAGUUGUGGGGUGACUUUAUAUGGAGUUGGGACCUUUGGGGGUUGGGGAAAUUUGUCACUCUACUGUAACAGCUGCAAAUUGGUUGGGAACAACCAAGCUAGGUUGGCAAGGGUGGCCAACUUGGAUGGAUUGGAUGGGAAGGGACAAAUGUCAAAAUUGGGGUUCCUAUAGGGAGGGAAUCUUUGUGCUUAUGGGGUUUCCUUGGGGAAACUCUGCCGAAAUUUCGUGGACGCCGACACUUGUGAAAAUAUCGAGGGAGCUGAGUGUGGACAGCAAAGGGGAGCUGAAAUUUGUCAUCUCUCAAGGAGAAGAUGAAUGAGAGAGGAGGAGAUGCUAAUGGAAGAGGAGCUGUAGCAGAGAAGACAAGUGAGCCGCCGCCAUCAAAAGUUGAAGCUUUGGAUGGCUCCAACUAUGAGGAAUGGAGCGGACGGAUGAGGAGUGCCUUCAAACGCUACAAGCUACUGAAGAUUGCUGUUGGGGAAGAGAAGAUGCCGGAAGAAGGCGAAGCACGCGAACGGUGGAUUGAGAAAAGCGCGGUGCUUUUCGACCUCAUCCUUCAAUCGGUCAACAAGGAGAUGUUCGAGCACAUCAAGGAUCUUGUGGAAGCGGAUGAUUCGGGUCCAAAGGCGUGGAAACUGCUACGUGAUGUGAUUCAGCCCAACACUCUCCCAAUGGUGAUCGUGCUCGAGAAGGAACUUGCUGCCAUCUCCAUGCGACCAGGGGAUGAUGUGAAGCCGGUCCUUGACAAGAUCAAGGACACCUAUGCAAGGAUGGCAGCAGCGGGCAGCAGUGUAUCUCAGCUGCAGCAGUGCACCAAGAUCAUCUCGGUGUUGGACAACUCUUGGGACAACCUCAUCCCCACCCUCAACUCUCAGCAAGAUCAAUGGACACCUGAGUGGCUAAGGCAGCAGAUUCUGCAGGAGGACUUCCGUAGACGCCAUGUGGGAGGCGGUGCUGCCACGAAGACUGCUGAGGGGUAUGGAGCUGCAGGGCGCGGCAAAGGAAGAGGGGGUUGGAGAGGCCGAGGCCGUGGGAGGAGCUUUGGCAGAGGUAGAGGCCGAGGUGACUAUAAUGAGGGGCAUGGGAGCUCCAGUGGCAGGGGGAGUACCAGAAUGGAGGGCACCUGCUGGUACUGCAAGAAGGUCGGGCAUCCUUGGUUCAAGUGCUUCAGCAGGCCGGAGGGAUGGGCACCUCCAGGCAUGAAGCCGCCCAGUGGUGAACGCGCACAAGGUGGCGCUGUGCAAGGCUCAGGUGCACAAGGUGAAGGUGCACAAGGUAAUGCCUAUCCUGGUUUGCUUCUUAUGGUUGAGGAUGUGCAUGGGCAUGAGGGUGAUGUGGGAUCUGUGGGAAAGGUUGUGAUGCACCCUCUCACGCACUGGGUGAUUGAUUCGGGUUGCACCAGUCACAUGACCCCACGGGCAGAUUUGCUUGAUGAGGUAAAACCCCCUGGGAAGAUCAAGUAUGUGGCAGCAGUGUCAGGUGCUUUGCUCCCUGUCAUUGGUGUUGGAAAUGCCAAGGUUAAGGGAGCUAAUGGGGAGCUUGUGGGGCUUGGGAAUGUUCUGCUGGUUGAAGGCUUGUCUGCUAACCUUCUCUCUGUGCGACGACUGCAGAAGAGCAAGGCCGAAGUGACCUUUGGACCAACCAGCUGCCAUGCUAAGCUUGGGAAGAAGGUGCUGUGGAGUCUGGAAGAGGAGACCAGCUGCAUCAAGGACCUGUGGCAGCUGCCCAUCAUCCCAUGGAAUGGGAAGACUCCAACAGCAGCAACGGCAGCAGCGGCAAAGGCAACUGCAGGAGGAGAUGCAACUGCACCAACUGAUGGGGUCUUGGAAGCAGUCAAGAAAGUGCAACAGCAGCAGACACAUGGUGAGGUGCUUGCUGGUGUGGAUGCGAGUGCGGCAUGGGCUAAGGCUUCAUCAAAGAGUGGAGAGGCUGAUUGGGAGACAUGGCAUGAGAGGCUGUGUCAUGUGAACUUCCCUAUGCUGCAGAAGUUGGUGAAGGAUGGGAGCCUGAAGGGCUUGGAGGUGAAAGGGGGAGUGAAGGAGAUUGGGAGCUGCCCUACAUGCUUGGAGACCAAGUUCUCCAAGUUCCCCUUCAACAGCACUACAGGACCAGCCAAGACCCCACUUGCACUUGUGCACAUGGAUGUGGUGGGGCCCACAAGAGCCCCUUCCCUCUCAGGCAGCCGCUAUUUCUUGACAAUUGUGGAUGACCACACUCGGGCAGUGUGGGUUUACCCUUUGAAGAGCAAGGGGGAGGUGGUAGCGGCUGUCCUUAAGGAGUGGAUGCCUAGAGCUCAGAGGGAAUGCGGACACAAGGUGAAGGUGAUCCGCAGUGACAAUGGUGGGGAGUUCAUUGGAGCUGAUUUUGAGGGGGAGUUGAAGAGGAAGGGGAUCCAGCAUCAACUGACAGUGCCCUACAACCCACAGCAGAAUGGCGUGGCUGAGAGGUUCAACAGGACCCUGCAGGAGGGGGCACGCACUCUCCUUGGGCGUGCAGGGCUGCCUGGUCCAUUUUGGGUGUCUGCACUGAGGCAGGUCGCCCUUGUGAAGAAUAGGGUGCUGGCUACAGUUGGGGAUAAGGAGUGGAUCCCAUAUGUUAAGUGGUAUGGGAGUGCUCCAGCUGUGAACAUGCUGAGGGCAUUUGGGUGCAUGGUGGUGUUUCAUGUGCCUAAGGAGAAAAGGGGGAAGUUGGAGGCUUCUGGAAGAUGGGGUGUGCACUUGGGGAUUGCAAAGGAUCACAAGGGUUGGCUGCUAUGGGACUUGACCACCCAGAAGCUGACAGUGUCAAGGGAUGUGAAGUUUCUGGAGUCCCUGUACUACAAGGAAUGGAAGCAGCAGCAACAGAAGCUUCCAUCUACACCGCUCAUUGUGGAGGCAGAUGAGGUGCAGCGGCCUUCAAGACAGGUGGAGGUUGCAGUGUCUGAGGAGGAGAUGUCUGGGGUGACUGAGGAAGGGGGAGCAGCUGAGGUGGAGCAGCAGCAGCAACAGCAUGAGUCUCCACCUCCAGUUCCACACCCGCCUGAGCGACCUAGGAGGGAUGUGCGCCCUCCGGUGAGGCUGACCUAUGGGGGAAGAGGCAAGCCGAAUGUGGUGCAGGCUGGGAGUGUGGUUGAGCAGAUUGAGGAAGAUGAGAUCGCUCACUGCUACUGGGCACCAAUCCCUGAGCCCAAGACUCGAGAGGAGGCUUUGAAUGGACCAAAUGGGGAGAAGUGGAAGGCGAGUGAGGAUGAGGAGUUCGGGUCCCUGAUUGAGAACGAGACAUGGGACCUGUGUGACUUGCCUCCUGGGAAGAAGGCAAUCACUUCCAAGAUGAUCUACAGGCACAAGUAUGGACCUGAAGGGGAGCUGACCCGCUACAAGUCUAGGCUUGUGGCACGGGGGUUUCAGCAGACAAAGGGGAAGGACUAUGAUGAGGUGUUUGCUCCUGUGGGGAAAGGAACAACACUGAGGGUGCUGUUGGCGAUAGCUGCACUCCUGGGAUGGAAGAUUCGGCAGAUGGAUAUUGUGACAGCCUUUCUGAAUGGGAUCAUUAUGGAGGAGGUGUACAUGAAGCAGCCAGAGGUGCUGGAUGACGGGAGCGGCAGGGUCUGCAGGCUGAAGAAGGCCAUCUAUGGCCUUAAGCAGGCGCCUCGUGCAUGGUAUCACAAGUUGGAGGAGGCGCUGUUGGCUGGGGGUUUCAAGAAGAGGUUUACUGUGGAGCCAUGUGCUGAUGAGGAGGUAGUGGGUGAGAGUGACAGGAAGCUGUUUCAUUCGAUGGUUGGGUCGCUGAAUUAUGCUGCAAAUCAUACACGGCCUGACAUUGCAUUUUCUGCAUCACGGUUGGCUAGUGUGGUCUCACGCCCUAGUCAUGAGCAGCUGGAAGCGGCCAAGAGGUUGGUCCGCUAUGUGAGUGCUACGGCAUCAGUGGGAUUGGAGUACAGUGGAGUGAGGCAGCGGUUGCAGAGAGGUGCUGCAGAUCCAAAGGGGGAGAUUGUUGUGUGAUGUCAUCAUAUGCUAUCACAUUCUGUCUGCCUCUCAUCUCUUGUUUCAAUUCGCAUGUGUGGUUUGAACGUGUGAAAGAAUUUGUGUGGUGUGUACUGGAGUUUGGGAAUGUGUUUUGUGUUAUUUUUGUUUGAGCAGGUAUUUGUGAUGAUAGAUCUUGAGAAGAUCUUUCCGACGCAACAAGAAUCGCUUCAAUCGGAGCAAGAACGCGAAAGCUAUGAAGAUUCAAAGUUCAUGAGCUUGCGUUACAAUUGCGACGGUUACAAAGUGAAGUUGUGGGGUGACUUUAUAUGGAGUUGGGACCUUUGGGGGUUGGGGAAAUUUGUCACUCUACUGUAACAGCUGCAAAUUGGUUGGGAACAACCAAGCUAGGUUGGCAAGGGUGGCCAACUUGGAUGGAUUGGAUGGGAAGGGACAAAUGUCAAAAUUGGGGUUCCUAUAGGGAGGGAAUCUUUGUGCUUAUGGGGUUUCCUUGGUUGGGGACUCUCUUGGGACCUUCCCUCUCGUCCCUCUCUUUCUAUCCCAACCUUUCUCUUGCUCCUCUAAUUCCUUGUGAGAUUCUUGAAUUUUGAU